UGAGGUGCGGCAGGGGGAGGAUGGCGCCGGGACGGGGCCGGCCGCUGCUCCCGCUGUCCGUGCUGGGGCCGCUGCCGCUGCUGCUGCUGCUGCUAACCUGCGCCCGACCAACGAACGGUGUGGUGUACCUCGGCCCUCGGUUCAUCUCCGAACCACCAGGCGUGGUGCGCUACUCCAACAGCUCGGGAGUGCGACUCGACUGUCGUGCCACCGGCUCUCCUCCCGUGGAUGUCCAGUGGACCACCGUCUCCGGUGAACCCGUCUCAUACGUACCGGGGAUCAGGGAAUCGCUGUCGAACGGCAGUCUGGUGUUCGCCCCGUUCCCGGCCCGGCUGUUCAGACAGGACGUCCACGGCGGCAGGUACCGCUGCGUCGCCUCCAACAGCCUGGGCACCAUCAUCAGCAGGACCGUCCGACUCAAACCAG